UAUUGUUCGGCCGUCCACAAAAUCACCAAAAGUAAAAAUACACAGCAAAAAAAUUGUUUUCUUCGAUUAGGUUCUUCUGUAAAAGUUAUGGCUGCACAGGGAGUCCGAGGUGUUUCUAGAGUAAUCGAAAAAUUAGAAAAUUCAAUUAAAGAUGGCAAUUACUACGAGGCACAUCAAAUGUACAGAACCAUAUACUUCAGGUAUCUGGCCCAGAAGAAGUACGAAGAACUACUCGACAUGCUAUUUAAAGGUGCUUUACUAUUCCUAGAACGCGAUCAGCAAAUUAGCGGCGCAGAUUUGGCGAUAUUAUUAGUUGAGGUUCUAGUCAAGUCGGAUUCGACUAAUUAUACAGAGUGGACACCGAAGUUGUGUAAAAUAUUCGCAAAGAUUAGUACGACAUAUCCUGAAAGAGAUACGUUUAUAGCGAGUGCUAUUCGUUGGUCCGCCAAGGGUGGUAAGACACAGGGGCAUCCGUUUUUACAUCAGGGUAUCGCUCAAGUAUAUUGGAACGAGAAAAACUAUAUAAACGCGAGACACCACUAUAUUUAUUCGAAGGACGGACUUGGCUGUGCUAAACUACUUAUUGAAUUUCAAGUCACUCAAGGCUUUAGUUACGAGGAAGACCUGUUCAUCACCCAAGCGGUUUUACAGUAUUUGUGCCUGCAGAAUAAAGUGACGGCUAGCCAGACCUUCAAUAAUUAUACAAAGGAACAUCCGAGAAUAAGGAAAAGUCGUCCGCCGUACCUGCUGCCCCUCUUGAACUUCAUAUGGUUUCUACUGCAAGCAGUCGAAAGCCAGAAACUAUCGACUUUCACCGUUCUAUGUGAGCAAUACGAACCGUCCAUUAAAAGGGAUCCAUGUUACAUGCAAUACUUGGAUAAAAUUGGGCAAAUUUUUUUCGGUUUAAAACCGCCACCACAGCAACGAAGAGGGUUCUUUGGAAAUUUUUUACAUAGCUUCCUUAGCGGUUUAGAUGACGACAGUGAUGAUGAUAAUUCGGUACAAGCAUCGCCUUCCACCAGUAGACUUUUAACAGAAAAUACAGACUUAGAUUAAUAUUAUCAUUUCCGUUGUAUAGUGUACAUUUUAAUCUGACUGAAGUACUUUUUUUUGUUUGUUUUUCAAGAUAAUCUCAAUUAAGUUAUCUGACAACAGCUGAAACGACGUAAUAAUAAUAUAGUACAACUGUAAAAUAUCACAAUCUAAACGAAAUAACAAGUACAGUCAAAAUUUUCUUUACUAAAAUUAUUUACUGUGUUAAUUAUUACACAAGCCGAAAUAGCGGAAUUUGGAUUGUAAUAAACUUAUUUAUUUACACUGUUUAAAGAUUUGCUUGCUUUUCUUAAAAAAUUUCUUGAAACCUUUUCAAACAAAAAAUAAAAUUAAUCACAACCGUAGGUGCACACAAUGAAAUUGAUCUGCUGACAUGCGCGAUUUUGCACAAAAGCUUUUUAGCUCGGUUGGUAAAAAAAUAUAUGUGAACCAGGUACCCUUAGGAUAUCUGACAAAGAGACAAGAUUGUGUAGCAGCUUCAAUGGAGGUGGUGCGAUCUCUGGAUUGUGGAAUACAGUUUUGACAAAAGG